GCGACAGAGGAGGGGAGGGGAGCCAUGGCGGCGGAGGGGCCUUGCGCUCUGGUCACCAGCUGCGCUGCCGAUUUCGCCGGGGACGAGCUGGUGAAACGUAUUAUAGGAACAGAAGACUUGACAGUGGAUGUGUCUGCCAAUGGAGGAGUGAGAUUUUACCCCUGGACCAUAGAUAAUAAAUACUACUCUGCUGAUAUCCAUCUUUGUGUGGUACCAAACAAGUUCCUGGUGACAGCAGAAAUUGCAGAAUCUGUCCAGGCAUUUGUGGUUUACUUUGACAGCACAAUAAAAUCUGGUCUUGAUAGUGUCUCAACGUGGCUUUCCCUCACAGAAGAAUGGUUACCAGAGGUUAUGAUCUUGGUCUGUGACAGAGUAUCUGAAAAUGGUGUGAGCAGACAAAAAGCUCAGGAGUGGUGCAUCAAGCAUGGCUUUGAGCUGGUGGAACUCAGCCCGGAGGAGCUGCCUGAUGAAGAUGAUGACUUCCCAGAGUCCACAGGAGUGAAACGAAUUGUACAAGCCUUGAACGCCAACGUGUGGUCUAACGUAGUGAUGAAGAGUGACAGGAAUCAAGGCUUUGGCCUUCUCAGUACGUUAGCAGGUGCGAACUGUAGCCUUGGGUCAGGAGAGAACCAAGAUCCAGAAUCCCAGCCACCGACGGCAGGCAGAGCAGAAUCGCGCUCGGAAGGCAACAGAGAAGAUGCAGCUAGCACCAACAAUUUGCAGGUUGACAGCACUGUAGAUCCCAUGCUCGAUAUGGAUAUUCAAGAGCUUGCCAGUCUGACCACAGGAGAAGGCGACCUGGAGAACUUUGAACGACUGUUUUCAAAGCUGAAAGAAAUGAAAGACAAGGCAGCCACGUUGCCUCGUGAGCAGAGGAAGCUACAUGCAGAAAAGGUGGCCAAAGCCUUCUGGAUGGCAAUUGGAGGAGACCGAGACGAGAUUGAAGGCCUUUCCUCAGAUGAAGAAAACUAAGUUCUUGUGUAGCUGCUUGCAGUAGAGCUGAUUGACAGCCUAGAAGUAACACUGGUCCCUCCGUCCCUGGACAAUGUUUGUUUUUUUUUCUUUUGCUGAAGACCCCAUUUUGCUUUGAUUGUUUGGCUGGUUGAAAGCCGCCGCCGCCACCUCAAGCACUACAUUCCAUAGCACAUGCAGUGCAUUUCAAGACUUGUGCUUCCUUGCUGCUCCGUCCUACGGCCGCGUGCUCCAUCUUUGACAAGAAGUAAUAAGUCCCUUUGCAUUUUUUCAUUGGCCAUUUUUCAUCGUUUCCCAAAGAACAUGUUCCUGGCCAUCACCUUGGGCUGCUGGUUGUCAGAGGCUCAUGCCCCCACCCAACACACCCCCUGGGCAUCCCCCAUGUCCCAGGCUGGUCCAGCUACAGGCCCACUUGGCAGGAGGUCUCCAAGAGCCCAAAGCAGUCCAGGAGAUGGCCAGAGGCAUUGUGAGUGGAUCUCAGCCUUCCCUACAAGUCAGGGGGUGGGGAUGGGGGAGGGGGGCCAGGAAGGAAGCCACACUAUCCCUUGGCCAGUGAGGGUAGGCCACCAAAUGGCCUUGCAGUAACCUUCCCUACAGCUUCCUUCUAUCCUUUGCCAUCUCUGCCUGUUGUUUCCUAAUGCACACACCGGGGGGCUGCAUACCGUAUAAACUCACGUGACCGCUUUUCAUGCCUCCUUGCUGCCCAGCUGGGCAAGACUUGGUUGUGCGCUAGAGACAAGGCAACCAAGUGGAGCAGAAUUACACACACCCAAGACCAGCACUUACCCAAACACUCGAGAAAGUUGAUGCUUCUUCAUCUUGCUGCCUUGGGAAGUCUCACGUGGAAGACUGUGAUGGACUUUUUUGAAGAGCUAAGAUAGUGCGUGACGGCAAGGUGGCUGAACCCAAUGGCCGUGGAUAGCAACCGAACCGAUCAGAGGCCCCCCCACGCCCACCCACUGUUCCUUGUCAUGCUGCAGUCGGGGGAAUUGGCAAGGGAGAGGUGCUAGCACUGCUCAGAAGACCCUGCUGCUCACCUUUUGCACGUGAAACUGUGACCUCAAGAUCUGUGAAACCACAGCACAGCUCUGCCUGAUGAGCAUAGUUUGGUCAGAAGAAUUCAAGGGCUCUGGAAUAGCAGGAAGUAGCCAGGAUUGUCAGCCUGGGUAAGGGAAGUGUUCACAGUGGGUCUCAUCAGUGCAAUUGCCUUGUACCACAACUAUCCCUAAAGUCCUUGCUGUCAGUUGGUAUCUCAGUCAAAGCACGGUAGCUUAAAAAAAUAAAUACAUGCUCGCGCGUCAAGCUAGCUGUUGUGGAUAGAAAACUGUAGGGACUUAACAAGAUCCUUCCAGAUUGUGUUGUACUUUCUGUUUUUUUUUCCUUUUAUGAUCUAAAGUGUGUUUGGUUUUUUUUGGCUGCAGAAGUUCUCAACAAAAUCAAUAUUUCAAAAAUGAAUAAAGCACUUAUUCAUGGAAAAGCUAAA